UCCCGUCGCAUCACAUCUACGUAGCUUUAGUAGAGGCGCGUUCCGUAAACAGCGCGUUGUUUUGUUCUUACUCUUCAUGAAUUCCAUUUGACGCUGUCACGUUUCCCGCUGAGCUCAACGAACGCGUGUUAGACGUUAGGGGUCUUUUUUGGACUAUUUGAAUACAGCCUUAAAUUAAUACACUUUUUUACAAUAACAAAACGAAACUGCUUCCGAGGUGAGACACGUGAUUCGUGUGAAGCUCCAACAUGAAUCUCAGAGAAGCCAAAUCAGAGGUAAAGAAGCUGCUGAGCCACGUGACGCCGAGUGACGUCCGUGGUCUGCUGACGUGGAUCCGGUGUUCAGACGAGUUUGACGACUUUCUGUCCAACAACCAGAUAAAACUUCUGAAGAACAUCUCUGAAGAUCUAAGAGGGAGUCUUCCUCCGAAUGCCAUGUUGGCCUCCGAAAUUACUGCUCAUAACAAGAUGCAGCAGUGCUCUCGGCCGACGGUCCACGUGGACAGUUUCCUGUAUGAUGAAGAUCAGGUGGACUCUCUGUGUGAGGAUGGAACCAUGAGUCGCUCCUAUUGUCUGACCUGUGGAUCCCACAGAACCGCCCCUCUGGACUUCAUCUCUCACUCCUUCUCCAUAUCGGAGCUUCGCUUCCUGUUCGAGAACGUUCUUCCAGACCUGAGCGGGCAGCUCGUGGUGGACGUGGGAUCCCGACUGGGAGCGGUGCUCUACGCGGGUCAUGUGUUCAGUUCGGCCUCUCAGCUGAUUGGUUUAGAGAUCAAUGAGGAGUUUGUCCAUCUUCAGAAUAACAUCCUGCAGAAAUACAAGAUGACAGACCGAAUACAGGUUCUGCAUACAGAUGUCCUGCUGCAGAAUGUUCUGCUGCAGAACGCAGAUGUUCUCAUCCUGAACAACGUCUUUGAGUUCUUCAUGGAACCCAGUGAACAAGUCAGAGCGUGGAGGUUCCUCAUGAAGAACUUCAGGAAGAAAGGGUCUCUGCUGGUUUGUGUUCCCGGGCUGCAGGAGAGUCUGAACAGUCUGCAGGAAGCCCUGCAGCCCGGCUGGGUGGAGGAACUUCCUCUGGACCACAAGGUUUACCUGGAUGGAGACAUGGACCAGGACGCUCUGACACAGAUCCACCUGUACAGGGUCAUGUGACCUGGACGAGACCUGCUGGUUAUUCUGUUUCAAUCUAUGAACGUGUGUUUUCUUGUAAAUAGAUCUUUAUUGUGGGAGAAUGGUGGAACUAUGUUGUGAUUUGAAUGUUUGUUUCACCAGCAGCUUGUUCUCUAAACAUCAUUAGAUAACAACACAUUGAUUGGAAAUAAAUGACUGGCGAUUC